AUGGCCUCUGUGCUGAACGGCUCGGCGCUGUCCAUAGAGGGCCUGGCCCAGGCGGUGGGCGCCCUCAGGCUGGACGCCGCGUGGCGCCGGUGGAGCGCGAACAACCCGGAGGCCGCGCGGCACCUGAUGGCCGCGACGAGCGUCGCCCUGUCGCUGGGCGUCGUGUCGCUGAGCGUGUUCGCUGGGUGGUCGUUGAUGUGGUACACCACGCUGCGCAAGGUGAUGUUCUUCAGAGAGCUUUUCGGCUUGGACAGGGCUUUUGAGGAGCAGUACCGAAUAGCAACCGAGGAAGAGAUCCGAAGGGUCAAGAGACAACACAACCGCCUCCACACGCCCCUGUGCACAAUAGCCGAGAUUGAUGGCCGGGAAUAUAGCGACGAAGAUACCCACCCGAAUUGA